UAAAAAUACAAUUUAUAUAAAAGCAUAGACGAGUUCAGCACCAUCAUUGUAUCCUCAUCUUUGUACAAUAAACAUUCUAAAACAUGAACUCCUUCGCUGUACUUUUGCUCUGUGUCCAGGCUUGCUUGGUGCAGAAUGUGUUCAGCCAGUGUUGCGGCGCAGCGUACGGGCCCGGUAUGGCCGGUGCCUUCGGCGGCUACGGCGCAUACGGCGCGUACGGCGGUUACGGCUCUAACGGUGCUUACGGUCUCGCCGGGCCCGCUCUCGCGGCGCCGUUCGGUUACGGUGCAGCAUAUGGCGGCGAAGGUGUUGGUGAUGUAGCGGUCGCCGGUCAGCUGCCGGUCGCUGGUACCACCCUGGUCGCCGGACAGGUGCCGAUCCUGGGUGCCGUGGAGUUCGGAGGCAUCGUGCCGGCCGGAGGCGAGGUGUCCAUCGCCGGCAGCUGUGGCUGCGGUUGCAGAGGAUCCUACCUCUACUGAAUAGCUUAUGCCAGACACAUUGCCAAAUAAAUGCAUAAUAUUAUAACUAU